AUGUUGACCUCUGCCAGACUCACAGUUGUAGCGCUCUUCGUGACCACAGUUCUGGCUGGAAAGCGGGGCCUAUGCUGGACUUACUGUGACGAUCCCGGUGUUUUCAACAACGGAGAUGGAGAAGUUGUCGCAAUCUACGAUUAUGAAACAUAUGCUCCGCCUUCUACUAAUGGAAAUGGUGGUCUCGGAUUCAUCGGGAUGCAGCGCUGCCUUGACUGUUCAUCCAGUCCUAUUGCAGAUCUUGCGUCGCGUCAAGCAUCACAAGGCUGGGCUACCGUGUUUACGCUGAAUGAGCCUGAUAUCAACGGCAUUACCCCGAGCCAGGCCGCUUCCUGGUACAUUCAAUACAUAAACCCUUUGGCAAUUAAGAAGGCUCUCCCUGCUGUUACCUCCAGCACAACGUCUGGACAGGGUCUUAGCUGGGUCUCUCAAAUGAUCAGCGCUUGUGCAGGACGGUGCUACUUCGACUACAUCAACUUGCACUGGUAUGGGUAUACCUUUGCGGCAUUCCAGAGCUAUGUACAAUUAGCCCACAGUCAAUUCCCAAAUUAUCAACUCGUCAUCACAGAGUUUGCUCUUCAGAACCCUGCAGGUGGUCAAGCAGCUCAGGUGACCUUCUUCCAACAAGCGUUCGCGUUCCUUGACGGGGCGUCAUACGUCCAGCUUUACUUCCCCUUCUUAGCAACUUCGCCAGCGCUCUUCCAAGCGAACAACCCUUCUGGUGUCACUCUUGUGGGAACCGGGUCGUGCCUCUACAACAACGACGGAACUCCGUCUGCAGUCGGAAACCUCAUGUACUAG